GCAGGCCAGCGGCUCCGUUCAUCCGCUUGUCUGUUCGUUGGUGCUCUAGAUUCCACGCACCCUCGACCCUGUUUGGUUGGAGCCUUGAGCCACCGCGUCCUCGCACAACGGCUGAGCGGUAUUCAGAGACUACUAAAAUCGUCCCUAGCGUGAGAGAAUAGAACAGCAGACAGUCAUCCCCACGCUCUGUUGCCAGGCGUAGGUAGAAUGAGGAAGGGUAGCAGUGGUACGAAUGCCUGGAAUCUCGCGCCGCAGGGAGGCGUUGUGGCCGUGCUGUCCGUGCUGCCAUGGCUCUACGUCGCGUUUGACUUCUUGGGGAGCUGCCACAAUGGGCCGUCCGCCAAGCAGGAGAUGUACCUAUCCCGGCUGCAGCCGAUCAUCCCUUUCGAGCAAAUCCUCGACAAUGUCACAUCCGAUAUACUCACGAGCCACCACGGCCCGUUCUACAGUCUGUACCUGGACCCCCUGCGCUGGCCGCAGCUGAGCAAAGCUCGCAGCCAUCAGGCGCAGAGCGAGCCGCGGCAGCAGCAUUGGGAGUACCGAGAGGUGAACAUGUUGGCGAUCGGCGGAUCCAGAGGCAGAGAUUCGCUGAAGCUUUGGAAGACGGCAUUCCCGAGAGGCAUCAUCUACGGCAUUGGCGGCAACGAAAGGCUGUCGCCUAUGCUGCUGCAGGAAGGGGUGCGGGACCCUCGGGUGCGGCUGAUGGUGGGCGACCAGGCGAAUGGGACGUUCCUCGAGCAAGUGGUGGUAGAGAUAAAGAGCACGGUGGGUCUGCUUGACUUCAUAGUGGACGAUGGUGGUCACACAAUGAAGCAGCAACAGACAUCCCUCCAAUACCUGCUGCCACUGGUCAAGCCUGGUGGGACUUACUUCAUCGAGAAUUUGGACACAUCUUAUGAGGAAGGGAUUUCUGGUUCGGACACCACCACUAUGCAUGUCAUGCAGUCUCUUCUGGAUGCGAUGAACAAAGAGUUUUUUGAGAAGCAGCCUUAUUUCAAGAGCAUGGUGCAUGGGAAGUUUUAUGCGACUCCGGUGGAGAAAUUGGUGGGCUCCGUACACUGCAUGCGGAGCAUGUGUGCACUUCGGCGGAAGUCUAACCCCUGGUAUUAGCAACACUACCCAGAUGCUAGUUUGUACUAGUGAAAAAACUGUUGUGGUAUAUUUCUUACUUAGCAUUUCUUGAAGUCGUUUAUCCAUAGACAGUGUCGAAUUCUACUGUAGGAGUUAAGUCCGUAGGAUGACGUCAGCAAAUAGCUCUCGUCAUAGGACAGUCGUUUUAGUAAUGCGAAUAGUCGCACCUCUUCAUUAUCGUCUAGGGCGCAUAGCGCAAUAGUGACGAACAGGUACAUUAGCGAAUAGGUACUUUCCUAGAGCUAUAAUCUUUGUUGUG